AUGUCGCAGAGCGCUAAGAUUUCCGUGGACGACGCCAUCGCAUGGCUCAAGCAGCAACGGAUUACACAAGAGCGUAACCCUUACGAAGUUGUGCGCUUCGGUGAAUGGAUGCUGGAACACAACCUGCUAGGAUCACUGGGCGUGGAUGUGUGGCCUUUUCUGGAGCAGCUCGGCAUGGCUGCCGCAGAACUUGGAAACCAAGACCUUGCAGAGCUGUGUCUUUCCCGCCUGCAAGCGCGCUUCGCUGAUUCUUCUCGUGUCGCCAUCCUCAAGGGUGUCAUUGAAGAAUCCUACGGUCACCUCAAUGAGGCACAGAAGCUAUACGAAGACCUCUUAACUAAAGAACCAUCCAACGUAUUUCUACUCAAGCGCCGCAUUGCGUGCAUCAAGACCAAACCGGAGGGCAUUCCACGCGCCACAGAGGCCCUUGCCGAGUUUGUGGACAUUUUCCCAACAGAUCAGGAGUCUUGGCUCGAGCUGGCAUCGCUGUACCUGCAUCAGAACAAGUACCCACAGGCAGCUUUUGCGCUAGAAGAGCUUCUUCUCCUUGCUCCGCAGAAUGCUUUUUACUUGCUUAAGUAUGCUGAAGUGCUAUACACCAUGGGCGAACUCGUCAAGGCCUACAAACUAUAUUUGCGCAUCCUUGAACUCGGCAACGGUAACUUGUCACCCUCCAGUACGCGUGUCGUCGACCGUGUGCAAGGCCCGUGGGUCCGUGCACUUUGGGGCCUGAAAAUGUGCGCGUCCAAGCUGCUUAGUUCCAAGGCUAUGGCAACAUCGGACGAUAGCAGCAUCAAGGCCGAGCGUGUAGAGGAACUGGACACAUUGGCUACUAAACUCCUCCUCGAAUCUGUCUACGCGCCCGAUGCUCAGUAUCCUACGCCAGAGAGUGUUCGCUCGGCCACGCGGUCCGUACUUACACCCUCUUCUUCCUAA